UUCUACGUCAGUCAUCACCUAGUUCAAUGAACGAACUGCGCUUCACGAGAUUCUAACAUUGUUUAUCAGCGAUCUCCAACAAGUGAAAUAAAGCAUAACAUAACGGAGAUAUUCACGAAUGACUGAAACAUGAUUUUCACUGUUUUCGUUUUGAUUUUGAUCGCGUAUGUGGCAAAUAGAGUUAUACCACCCAUAUAUUAUUGGAAAAAGAGGAAUAUCACUUACGUUAAUCCUUUGUUCAGAGUGUACCAAGUGUUUUUCGGAAUAAAAUCAUUUGCUGAGAUUGUGCAAGAGGCUUAUAAUGAAUAUCCCGAUAAAAGGUACUAUGGCAGUUACCAAUUCCUCAAACCAUCUCUAUUCGUCAGAGAUCUGGACCUCAUCAAACAAAUCACAAUCAAGGACUUCGACCACUUCACCGAUCACGUGGACAUCCUCAACAGCAACAACGACCCUAUAUUCAGCAAGAACCUCUUCUCCCUGAAAGGUAAGGAAUGGAGGGAAUUGAGAAGUACACUAAGCCCAGCUUUUACCAGCUCAAAAAUGAAGGCUAUGUUCGUUCUGAUAUCCGAGGCCUCAAAAAAGUUCGUCGAACAUUUUGAGGCCAAGAAGGAGGAGAUCAUUGAGGUAGAGAUGAAGGAGACGUACUCAAAGUUCACCAAUGACGUCAUAGCUACAUGUGCCUUUGGUAUUAACUGCGACACCUUGGAAAACCCUGAAAAUGAGUUUUUCACGAUGGGGAAGGCAGUUACUCGUUCUACUUUUUUGAGGAUGAUGAGAGCUCUUGUGAGAAUGCUCUUUCCAACCAUCUUUGAAGUCCUCAAAAUACCAACAUUUCCAAAAGAUGUCACCAAUUUUUUCAAGAAGAUCAUAACAGAUACCUUAACCACAAGAGAAAAAGAAGGCACAAUAAGACCUGACCUCAUUCAUCUCCUGAUGGAAGCUAGGAAAGGAAAACUCCAACAAGAAACAUCUCAAGUUACUGAAGACACAGGCUUCGCCACUGCUCUAGAGGUUAAGGAUACGAAGAUAAAGUCCGACUUAGAAAUCAGUGAUGACUUGAUCACCGCUCAAGCUUUGAUAUUUUUCUUGGCUGGCUUAGAAACCUCAUCAGCUCUCCUCAGUUUUCUUUCCUAUGAGCUGGCUAAGAAUCCAGACAUUCAGCAGAAACUGAUCAGUGAAAUAGACGAUAAUCUGUCUUCUUCAGAAGCGUCUAUUUCUUAUGAGAAACUGGCCAAGAUGAAGUACUUAGAUCAGGUGGUUUCUGAGGCCUUGAGAAAAUGGACACCUGGGUUUGGCUUGAAUAGAAUCUGUACCAAAGAGUACACAAUACCACCUAUUAAGGAGGGCGAAAUACCACUGACCCUUUCUAAAGGCUGCUUUAUCACUAUUCCAGUGAUUGGAAUCCAUUAUGAUCCUCAGUUCUUUGAAAAUCCUGAAGUUUUCGAUCCUGAGAGGUUCAACGACGAGAAUAAAAAGAAAAUCGUUCCAGGAUCAUUUAUUCCUUUUGGUUCAGGUCCUAGAAAUUGCAUAGGUUCUCGUUUUGCUCUCUUGGAGAUCAAAGCAGUUAUAGCCCAACUGCUCAACAAAUAUGAGAUAACAUUUAUAAAGAAGACUCCUGUACCUUUUAAACUCAAAAGGACAUUUGGUUUGAUGAUGGAAGGUGGAACUUGGUUAGGUUUGAAAAGAAGAUCUAAGGAUACUUAAAAAUAGAUAAAAGGGAGCCUCGAACUUCUAUUCCUCAAUGCAAAUAUGGAAAAAAUAAUGUUAUGGAAGGAAAAAUAUCGUUCGAAAAUAAUUGAGAAACCAGUUUUCGCUAAGAAAAUUUCAUCAUUGGAAUAACAAGAUUUAAUUCAUUCUGAUAGAGUAGCAAUUUCAAAUAAACACAGAAAAAACUCGUAUGUUUUGCGUAAUUUUUUACUCAAGUGAUAUAAAUUGAUGAUACUAGUAUUAUAUCCUGAUAUUUGUAUACAAACAUUGAUAUAAGUGAGAAAAAACUUGAACCUAUUUUGUUGUAAUUUUUUAUUGUAUAAUUAUCUUUUUUUAUUAUUUGUUGUUUGAAUAUAUAUUAUAAGUAUUGUUGUUCACAAUUAA